AUGUCAUCAAAUUCAAUAUUUCUGGUGAUCUUUCACCUCUUGAUACUUCAGGCUUCACCCAUGGAUCUAGAUACAUCUUUAUCUCUGGGUCAUAAUAGUAUUUCUAAUGCCAACAAAUCACCAACUAAGGUCUAUCAAUCUUCCACAUCAGAAGAGCCCAAUUUAGAAUUAUCCUUGAACCCUGGGAAAAGAAUUAUCCUUGAAGGACAUAUGAAUCAAGAAAAGAAUGAAGAGUCAAGCUCAAUGGACUCUCCAAUAAACAGUCUUGUUGAAUUAGACAUGAGAUUAACACUUCCUGUGAACAAUCUCCAGGAUAAACCAUUUACUGCAUCUCACAAGCGGAAGAAAUUAGGUUCACUAGAGUCUCAAAAUAUUGAAAAAUCUUGGCUUGGCCUUGGAACUCCCGAUGGACCUUUAGAUAUGUCAACAGUUGGCUCUACUCGACAUGAAAAGCUUCCAAUUGGGAGUAUCAGAAAUUUUGGAGACCAAAUGCUUUAUCGGAUGAGUGGAAAACCUUACACGUAUAGUGUAUCAAAUUCAAUCUAUCCACCACAAUAUCACCACACUAUUUUGGAGCCAAAGCUCACUAUGGUGCCAUUUACUCCCUGGACUUCAAAGGUAGUGCCAUCAAAAGAAACUAUACUGCUAGAGAACGUUGGGCGGGGUUCGGGAAAAAGAACUGUAGAGCAGACAUCAAUAGGAUCUGACAUUGUGAGCCAAAGAUUCAAACAACAACAACGUCAAGUAUACCAGCCAACAAUAUCAGAAAGCGGGUAUCCUAAACAAUACCAAACUUAUAGAACAUUUCCAUCACAUCCAUCUUUUUCAAUAGCCGAAUCAUCUGACAUGCCCCAAAGGCCUCAUGAUCUUCAAUUGACAACGUUAAAAGGGAAUCCUGAUCAAGGGACCCAAUACCAAGAGAGAAAAUCACAAGAGACCCUCAAAUUAGAACAUAUUUGGUUAAAAACCAUUGAAAGUUUGGGGAAUCGAUUGAUUGAUGAAUCCCCUGGUCUUGAUGUUUCAACUUGGCUGAAUGUCCUACGUGAUGAUAUGAAAGAACUUUGGGAAAACGAUCCUAUUAAAAUCUUUAGAGGAUAUGAGAUUCCUUAUGCGAUUACAAAAUCUAAAGAAAGAUUAUCAGGAACGUUUCUAGGUUGUUUGAAAGUAUUACAUCAAGUUAAAGGUCCAUCUAAUAGAACCCAAGAUCAAAUUGUUGAAUUAAUCAAUGAUGGUUGGUUCCUCAUUCAAAAGUUGUUAAAUCCAUGGAGAAUUUCAUUAUCAACCUCAAAUGCAAAAAUCAUUCCAGUAAGAAAAGUCAAUAAAAUUGCAGGAAUGCAACCACUUGUGCUAUUCUUUUAUUUAGCUAGAGGUGGGGCUGCUCCAAUCGCAAUUCAAUACCUUUGGACAUUUUGGAAGAAAUGGUAUAGAGAAUCAAGUUCUACUCAUAAGAGAUUCCUUGCAACUCGUGAUCAUUUUAUUCAUGCCAUAGGAACAAGUUUGAAACAGAUCGGUCAAUCAUCAAUUUAUCAUGAUGAUUGGUUAAAAGAUGCAAACAUGCUGCCUUUAGAUGAAGAGAUUUCUCAUCAUGAUCUUUUAGAUCAACAUUGUCUUCAAUGCCUUCAUCUUUCAAGAACAUCUAUAGACAAAACCAUCAACCAAGGCGAUUUACUUACUUUGGCUGUCUAUGUGGGAAGAUUUGAAGUUCAACUUUUGGAACAUCACGAAGCAGUAGAAGAAUAUUUUGAUGAACUGGGUGAAGAACUACAAACCAAAUUAUAUAACAUUGGAUCACAGAAACUUAAAGACUUCAAUCCUUCUAUAAACAAGUUAGUAGGAUCCAUGUACAGAAGAAUCACAAUCCCGUUCCUUGGAUCUUUGCAAAUGUUACAUGGGAAUGAUCUUACAUUAAAAGCAAAAUCAAAAGAUCCAAUAAUCUCAGAUGGAUGGAGAUUUUUAAAAACUUUGAUAGAUCAAAUAAAAGAUAUAAAUCUAAUGGACUUGUUUGAAUCAGAACAUCCUAUCACUCCAAAUGAACUUCAUUGUCCACAAAACAUUUAUGACCUCUCGAAGAAAAUGUUAAAACUAGGAGAUACUUGCAAUGUUUUGCUAUCACAAAUUUGGGAGCUUCAUACUCAAUGGUCUCAAUCUUCUUCAUUUGCUAUAAUGCCAUUGGAUUCUAAAUCUUUUGAAGAGAAUCUAAGAUCAUAUUACGCAAGAAUGCAUAUGAGAUCGCACAAACUAUCAAAUUUGGGUCGGGGAAUCUAUAGGGAUUGA